GGUUUAGAAAAAGAAAAACAGAGAAGUGGAUAACCAAACUAGUUGGACAACUAGUUCAUAUUAAAAAAAAGUUACUUUGAUAUAUACUAUGAUAGAACAAUGUUCACACUUGGCAUUAUAUAAAGACAAUUCAGUUUUGUUUGUCUUAUAUUUAGCCGUAUCAAACAAUCAACCAAGAACAUAUAUAGAAUAGUAGAGAAUUUCUUGUUUUGUGGAGCAGAAAAGAUGAAGCAAAAAGUAGUGGUUGAAGUGAGUAUGAAAUGCCAAAAAUGCAGGUCCAAGGCCUUAGAGAUAGCAGCUGUAAAAAAUGGUGUUAUCUCAGUGGCUUUGAAAGGAGAAAGCAAAAAUCAAAUUGAAGUGAUUGGAGAGGGAAUUGAUGCAGUUGGGUUGGCUAAAACUUUGAGGAAAAAGGUUGGAUAUGCAAGCAUAUUGACAGUGGAACAACUCAAAUAAAGGAAUUCAAAAUUAUGAUUUUGUUUACUUAGAAGAAUUAUAUGUAUGUCUAUAAAAAAAACCCAUCAAAGAUUUUGAAUCAAUAAUUCAUGUGUGUGUUAUUUAAUCAUUAAUGAAUGGAUACACAAAAACCUGGAUUGAUUAAUAAUUUGAUUCUCAAAGAACAAGAUCCACAUGGAAGUAGAAUUGAGGCUGGUGGUGGUAAAGCAUCACAACCAUCUUCACUAUUAUCAUCAUUCAUUGUUGUUUGUAAAGAUAUUAUCUUGGUCCCACCUUUCCUCUUCAUCAACAAAGGAUACCCCAUUUUCGAUAACUCUGAAGAAUCAACAGAGAAGUAAUCACCACACCGGCAUUGGUUAAAAAAUUGAAUCGUAUUUCUUUCUUCUUCAUCUUCAUCUUCAAGUUCAACCAUCAUAUCUUCUAAGAUCACUUCUUCUUCUGUAUCAUCAUCAUCCUGCCUUAAAGCUCGUCGUAACUCAUUAUCAUAAACCGAGCGUGACUUUGGAUUGCUGAGUAUUUCCCAAGCCUUCUGUACCUUGAGAAAAUUUUCCUCUGAAGUCAAACAACCAUUGCCAUUGCCAUUGCCUCCUAGAGGAGAAAUCAUCUCAGAUUCGUUUUGCAACUUAUCGGGAUGAGACUUGAGAAUAGCAGAUCGGUAGCAUUUGCGUAUUUCGUCAUAAGUUGCAUCUUCUUUGACAGAUAAAAUGUCAUAGUGAGUCUCCUGAAUGCUGCUCUUGUCAAACAGCAUAAUCGUUGCUUAUUUUUUUUUUUUUUUUGUUCUUUUUGGUUUUUAUCAGAUUUUGCUGAAAAUGCACAUAGCAAUGAACCAUUUAGAAAAAAACACACAAAUUCACAAAAGGUUGCAGAUAUUCAUACUGAUGAAUCAAUAAAAAAAGAAAAAGAAUUACAGCAACAAAUACAACAUCAAACCCAAUCCUCAGUAGAGUUUGUUUUUCUGCUACUAUUCUUACUGCUGUGUUGUGCUAAUUGCUACUGGUUUGGUUGAUCGAAACAGAGUCUUAUCACUUUGUUUGGGGUAUGCAAAUCAAAGGGGCCUAAGGAGCUUUUCUCAUAAUAUAUUCAAUAUAAUUUUCUACUGUUUUGCUACUGUUUUCUUGAGCUUGGAUUACUUGGUUCUCACCACACUAUUAUCCAAAACCACUAGAAUUGAAUUUGGAAGAGUGAUAAGACAUGAAACAUCAGAAUUAAAAUCCUAAACAUCUAAGUUGUGUAUAGACAAGACAACAAGGUUGUUAAGAUUCAGACAAUGACACCCUAUUAUAGCUUUCUUCUUCUUCUUCUUCUUCUUCUUCUUCUAUUUGUGCCUAAAAGUCAAAGAGACAGUUUGUUACAGUAAAACCUUCGCCAUCAAAUCAAACAAGCCUAAAUUCUCAGAAAAAUUCCAUCCCAGGUAAGCCAUUAAUUAGUUGAGAUUUGAGAAUUUAGAAAAAUUAGUUGAUUCUUCUUGGUUCAAGCCCACAGUAGCUCAACAACAACAAUUAUAUAAGUGGUUGGAGUUGGAUUUGAACCAAUAGAGUAAAGACUCUUAAUUUCUAUAUUACAACCCUAAUUUUCACCCAAACUUUUAUUCUUAAAAAAGACUAAAUCAUACUUUUUAAGUUGAGGAACACAAACACAACGAGAAAAAUAAAAUCAAAUUAAGAAGUAGAAAAUUCAAAACCCUAAGUGAAGAACAAAACCUGAAUCUUUAUAUUGAAAGUAUUAAAGAGCAUAGUGAUUAUCCAUGUCGACCAUUACCCUAAGCCACCGUCACAAGCUGCUUCUCUUGUCGGACACUCUCCUCCGCCGCCGGCUCCGGCUCCGUCAGUUUCGAUCUCAGAAUAA